GCGCGUAAGUGAUGUCAGCUGAUUACGGAGCGGGCGGGUGUGCGCUAGUGUUUACAACCGAACACUGUCAAUCAUUUUUUUGUCGUAAAAAGGACCCUCGCUUUGUCAAUAUUUCGAUUUCUACUUGCAGUUGUCAAAUCGAAAAUGGCAAAGAUCGAUCGCCAACUUUCUACGUGCAGAUGUUUAAUAAAAUGAAGUGAACUGGACUGACAUCUUGAACUUAGGGACUUGAUCCUUUGCAGUCACUCAGCUGGAGAAGUCCAGAUGGAGUGGGUGUUUGUGAUGAACCGUAUGAGCGCUCAGAGCAGCUCCACGGUGCAGAGGCGGCGGAUGGCUCUGGGCGUCGUCAUCCUGCUGCUCGUCGACGUCAUCUGGGUCGCCUCCUCCGAGUUCACCUCAUACAUUUUCAAGCAGCAGGAAUACAACAAGCCCUUCUUCAGCACUUUUACCAAGACCUCCAUGUUUGUGCUGUAUCUGCUGGGCUUCCUGCUGUGGAGGCCGUGGAGGCAGCAGUGCACUGGGACAAUCAAGAGAAGACAUUCUGCUUUUUUUGCCGAUGCAGAGGCCUACUUCGCUCGCUGCAACACUGACACGGCCGGGGACAACUGUUUGAGUGAACCAUUAUAUGUUCCAGUCAAGUUCCAGGACGUCCCAAAUGAAACUUCCUGUAGUUUGAUUGGAGACUGUGAAACAUCGUCUUCCAAAAAGCAGCGUGUUCGUUUUAGUAACAUCAUGGAGGUCCGUCAGCUGCCCUCCACCCAAGCUCUGGAGGCCAAACUGUCCCGAAUGUCGUAUCCGGCCGCUAAAGACCACGAGGCCAUGCUCCAGACUGUGGGCAAACUCACCAUCACCGACGUCGCCAAAAUCAGCUUCUUUUUCUGCUUUGUGUGGUUUCUUGCAAAUCUCUCGUAUCAGGAGGCUCUGUCUGACACACAGGUGGCUAUAGUCAACAUUCUGUCGUCAACUUCAGGUCUGUUUACUCUCAUCUUGGCGGCCAUUUUCCCCAGUAACAGCAGCGACCGCUUCACUUUAUCCAAGCUGCUGGCUGUGGCUUUAAGUAUGGGAGGAGUCGCUCUUGUCAGUCUCUCCAGUAUGGACAACCACGACGAGAAGGGCGCUAUAGGCUCGUUGUGGUCUCUUGCUGGAGCCAUGCUUUAUGCUGUGUACAUUGUGAUGAUAAAAAGAAGAGUGGACCGGGAGGAUAAACUGGACAUCCCCAUGUUUUUUGGGUUUGUGGGUCUGUUUAACCUGCUCCUCUUGUGGCCGGGGUUCCUUCUUCUUCACUACACGGGGUUCGAGGCGUUUGAGCUCCCGAGUCAGCUGGUCUGGACUUACAUCCUCAUCAACGGACUCAUAGGAACGGUCCUCUCUGAGUUUCUUUGGCUUUGGGGCUGUUUCCUCACUUCAUCUCUAAUUGGGACUUUGGCUCUGAGCCUCACCAUCCCUCUCUCUAUUAUGGCUGACAUUUGUAUGCAGAAGGUGCGUUUCUCGUGGCUGUUUUUCGCCGGAGCCGUCCCCGUGUUCCUCUCAUUUUUCAUCGCGACUCUUUUGUGUCACUACAACAACUGGGACCCGGUGCUGGUGGGACUGAGGAGGGUUUACCGCUUCAUCUGCAGAAGACACCGGCUGCAGAGACUUCCAGACGACAGUGAACAGUGCGAGAGUCUGAUUCCUCUAAACACCAUCUCUCCACACGAGGCCGACUACUGCUCCUGAUCAGACACGUCACGAUUCCCUGUGAGUUAAACUGACCGAGAUGAAAUGAACUGACAAUCUCUGAGACAUUCACCAGUGCCUGCUCCUCAUUCAACUAUUUAUUUGACUUUAUGAAGAACACUCGAGCUGCUUUACAUGCCUACUGUGGACAUUUGCUGACUCUUACUUCUACUAUUACUAAAUAGUACGUUAGGUGCUGGACAGUCAUCGAGAUGUGACCAAAACACAACGGUACCACUUGAAAAUGGCUGGAACCAAGGCCAGAAUGCUGUGCUUAAAGAAAACCACUAAAUGUUCCCUGGACAUUUUACCUGUAACUUUAAAAUGCCAUAGCUGCUGUAAAGGUAAAAAUAAAUGAACACUAAUUUAACUUGUCUCAUAUGAAGCAGCAUUACUCACGUUGUAAUAGGGGCCUAAUUCUGGGGUAAAUGCUUUAUCUACCCACCAUGACAGGAAUUCACUACUAAUAAACAUGUAAGUAAAGUUUAUUUAUAUAUCACUUUUACAUGCAAAAGGUAAAAACUAUAGGCCCUUGGUUGAAGUUGAAAUACACUACGGUAUUUGUCCCUUUCUAACUAAUGUGUAAAGGGUAACACUUAUAAAAACUGUUAUAAGUUGACUUUGAUUAUGCAUUAACAAAGAUUUAAUUCAUAAGGUGCAAAACGUUUAUUAAGAAUGAUUCUGGCUUAGUAAUUACUUCAUUAAGACUCUAACUCCCACCCUUUAAUUGGAUUUGUGCAAAACAGGAGCCGGCUCGUUCAAAUCAGAGGCACACGGAGAUACUUUUGUAUUUUGUUUGCUCCGAUAUCUGUACUUUUAUUUGACCAAAGUAUUUAUCUGUCAGAAAAAUGUGUUCCACGGAGACAGAAUUUUGUGUAUUUAGGACAUGGAUAAAGAGCCGUACUUCCUGUAAUUUAAAUAAGUUGUUUUGUUUUUCUUCUUCUUAAACUGACGAUUAAAAUUAUAAGAAAUAUUUACCAGAGACACUAUCCCAACCAAACAAAAUAAUAAUAAAUAGAAAAAAAAAACAUGAAAUCUUGUCUUGAUAAUGCUAAUGCUAAUGCUAAUGCUAAUGCUAACUUCUAUUAGAACAAAAUUAAAUAUAUUGUAAGGAUGACCCAGGUGUAGAUUAUUUUAGUCAGUGGCGUUACUUAAAUAUUUAUUAGGCUCUGAAAUUAGCAUUAGCAUUAGCCCCGACACAAAAAGACGUACCUUUUCUAAAACCAAAAGUGUUGUCCGCUGAAGUUUUCCCCGCGUUUGUAAAACCUCGGCGACGUUACAUCAGAACCGGUCGAGAUGACUGACCUUGAAUCAUUCUUAAUAAACUAUGUCUUUGCGAAUUAAAGCUGCACUGUGUAACUUUUGUGGACAGGGGUCAGCCACCUGCUUGUCUCCGUGGAGAUGUCAGAAAAAUGUGUUCCGUGUCGACAGAAUAGUUUUUGUUUUGCCUGGAUUGUUCACCACAGUUUGACUUAAAACUUGCAUCCACGAACACAAGCAGUUCCACGUCAGAUCUGUGGAAAGGCGACGCCGCUCACAGGGAAAAGCGUGUUUUUACUUAGCAGAUAAAACAGUAAUUCAAUAAAUCGAAGGUGGAUAUGUUUUUUAUUAAACUAUGAAACAUUUGAGGCAAAGCAAUAGGAUCUCCAUGGAGACGAGCUGGUGGCGCGCCCCCUACAGGAAAAGUUACAUAAUGCACUUUUAAGUCUUUCUUUGUGCUUUAUUACGAUUAUAAAGCACAGUUUGGAUGGAUGAAUCUGCAUCUACCCAAGAAACAACUGAAAUUCUUUAUGUAUUAAAUUUUUUGGCGUAAACUUAAAACUUUGAGUACAUUUCCAGAGAAUAUAUUUUACAUAAUUAGCUCUUUGUAAAAAAUCUGCUGGGGUCAAAUGUGUUGAUUGGAGCUAAUAACGUCCUCCUGACCACUCCAUCUUCCACAGGUUUAUAUCGUUUUAAAAAGACUUUGAACGUUUUAAUUUAUUAUUUGAAUCGUCCACAAUGACUUUUAAAAUAUUUCCAAAUGUGUGUGUGUUUUCUGUUGCCUCGUGCGUCUGCGCUGAAGGAGUUUUGUCGAUAUUGUCCGGCUCAUUCUGUGAAGUUUAUUGUUGUUUUUAUGGAGUGUUUUCAUUGCCGUGACUGGACUGAGCACACAAGUCACUCCGCGCCUUUUAUGGAUCUACAAACUCUACUCACUUUACGGUUGCACUUGUUAUCCCAUGUUUGCCAAUCAUCUUAAAUCUGUCAAAAUUGCAGUUUUAUUUUUAGUUUGUUUUUAAAAUGACUUUACAAAUGGUGCUUUUGAUUUCUGUUGGGUUCUGUGCAGUUUCUUUUAUAUUUAAGUGUCUUAAAUGAAGAUUCGAAGGCUGUGAUUCACUGUAAUUUUUAUCGGUUUUAGUCCAGAGUCGUAUUAUUCUGUCAUAUUUACAGUGCACUAUUAAAAUGUAUCUUUUCAAACUUGUC